AUGGCCAAGACGUACCCACCCAGGAAUGCGGUGUGCAGGAAGGAUGUGCCAAAGGCAGACAAAGCAACGCAGACCCCCUGCUCCUUCAAGAUGCUACGGAAGGGAUGGCAGCCACGGGGCAAGGAGAAGAAGAAGAAGAAAAAUAAGUACAUGAGUGAUGGCCGGGAUCAGCCACAGCAGCGUGGCUCAAGGGCCAGCAGUGCCACGGAGAGCUGCUCCCAAGCAUUGCAGCACAGAGCCACCAGCCCCCUCGAGGUGGCUGUUGCACCCCAGAACAGGAAGAGUGUGUCCAGCCUGUGCAUGAACAUGCACAACGAGGAGGGAAAAGAGCAGGAUGAGGCUGUGCUGGAGAUGGAAGGGAAGCCUGUCGAUGUCAGUGAGGUGAAGUCUCCCCUUCCCCCAGUGGAAAUCCACUUACCAGACCAGGAUCACCAGGAGGCACUGGAGGACGUGGCUGUGGAUGGGGACACAGUCGACACCCAGGACCCAGACUCCAAUGUGAGCACCAUGGAGGUCCCCUUAACCAGCGAGGAGCUGCAGGAAGCCCUGGGAAACACUGAAGAAGGGACAGCCUCUGCGGAUCAUCUGGGCUCUGCCCUGGCCACGGUGGAGACCUGCUUGACCCCGGAGCCACAGGAGGUGCUGAGUCUUGCUGCUGUGGAUGGUGUCCCUCUGGCUGCGCUCUCCCUGUCAUUGCCAAGGCCUGAAGUGUCCCUGGAGAGCCAGUCCCUGCUGCUGGCGAGAUGCCCUGCUCCACUCAGAUAUUGCCCAGGCCCUACUGUAGAGUACAAAGGCGACAACCAGGAUCUCAACUCCAUCCUGGGCUCGAUGGCCAGUGAGGUCCAUCUGACCAGCACGGAGAAGCUGGAAGCCUUAGGAGACAUGGAAGGUAAAGCUGACAGGACGGUGAAUCUGAGUGAAUCCAUGAAGGUGGGGAGGAUGGUCCAGCAACCAUCCCUUUGGGAAGGGGACGAAGCUGAUGUCAGCAGUGAGGGCUCCAUCCUGGCCACCCCACGGAUCCAUUCAAACCCAGAGGAGAUGAAAGAGGCAAAAGUGAAUGCCCGUGGGAAAAAUGACUCAGGCAGCUUUGAUUCUGUCCAUGCCAGAGGAAUCCUCUUCUUCAAAGUCUUCCUGAAGCUGGUGGAGUUGGCGGCUCUGCCCCAGACAACUCUGUUUCAGAUUAUCAGUUACUACCAGCAGAAGCUCAGGGACCGCGCUGGCAAAAGUGUCUGGCCGGAUGAUGACUUCCUCAAGUGUCACAAAAAGAAGCCCCACAAAAUUCGGGAAGAGCCAGUUUACCCUAUGCCUUCCUCUGUAAGCGCUGCCCGUGUCUCAGCCAUGAACAAAAGGGAGGCAGCAGCUUAUGUGGAGAACAGAAAAGGCAGCCCUUACGCCCAGGUACCCAUCUUCCCGCUGGUUUCUAAACAAGACGCGAUGACACUGGCGAAGCCAAAAACGGGCUUGCAGAAGGUGGCGAGGCAGAGGAAUGAGCCAACCGCUUGGCUUAGGAGCCACAUCUCUCAUGAGAGAAACCGGGUGCAGGAGACGGCGCGGGCAGCCAAGCAGCCCAGGUACAGCCCAGCCCUCUGCCAGCGCCACAGCCUGCUGAAGCUGUGGCAGAAGAUGGGCCUGCAGACGGGCAGCGAGCACUUCCACCACACCUUCUCCACCUACUCCUGGUCGUGGAACGCCUGCCGGGAGCUGGUGACGGUGGCCGACCUCCACCGACCGGACCGCCCGCUUCUUCAUCUUAUUUUUUACAACAGGGAUAAUGUGGAAUGGUCAGAAGAGCAGGAAGCCAGUGCCAGGAGUAAAGUUCAAGAGAACAGCUCACAGCUAUUGCCACAAGAUAAACAAGAGGAAUAUGAGGUGAAUGCUAAGAGGUACUGGGAUGACUUUUAUAAAAUCCAUGAAAAUGGCUUCUUCAAGGACAGACACUGGCUGUUUACUGAAUUUCCUGAGCUGGCGCCUAACAGGAACCCAAGUCAAAAUGGGGAUUCUGUGCAUGAAUUUAGUGACAAAGAAGUAAAAGAAGAGCGGGGUAGCUGUGAAAAUGGACAUUGUUCCCUGGAAACCAGGGCAGAGAAUCAGAUAAAUGUGAUAAAAAGCACGCCUAAGAUCUGCACAGAGGAGUUGGCUACACAGAAGUAUAGUGAGCUGAAUCAAAGGGAUGGAGAUUACCCAGGAUCGUCUGCAUCUUACCGUAUAUUGGAGGUUGGCUGUGGUGCUGGAAAUACAGUCUUCCCGAUUUUACAAACCAACAAUGACCCAGGCCUUUUUGUUUAUUGCUGUGAUUUUUCUACAGCAGCUGUGGAUCUUGUCCAGAACAAUGCAGAAUAUGAUUCUUCUCGCUGCUUUGCGUUUGUCCAUGACCUGUGCAACGACCAAAGUCCUUUCCCAAUGCCAGACGAGAGUCUUGACGUUGUUAUUCUUAUCUUUGUCCUCUCAGCGAUUCUCCCAGAGAAGAUGCAAUGCAUCGUUAACAGGCUGAGUCGCCUUCUGAAACCAGGAGGAAUGAUUUUGUUACGAGAUUAUGGCCGUUACGAUCUGGCCCAGCUUCGGUUUAAGAAAGGUCAAUGUCUGUCUGACAACUUCUAUGUGAGAGGUGAUGGCACCAGAGUCUACUUCUUCACACAAGAUGAAUUAAAUGAUCUCUUCACAACAGCUGGACUGGAGAAAAUCCAGAAUCUGGUUGAUCGGCGAUUGCAGGUGAACCGUGGGAAACAAAUGACAAUGUAUCGAGUAUGGAUCCAGUGCAAAUACCGCAAGCCUGCUGUCCCUCAACUGUGAGGAAAAGGGCCAUGCUUUUCAGAUUGGAGCCUCUUCAUGGCCAUGUGCAGUGUGGCCUCCUGGUGAGAUGCGGUUUUACAGAGUUCAGCGCACACAGGACCUCAGUGCCUUUUACAGCGCCUAGCAUCACUUCAAGUGAGUUUUGCUAAGGACGAAUGCUCUAAGAGGAGACCAAGCGGUAUUUUUUGAUGUCUUGCUACUGGACUGAGUUUUUUAAAUUAUUUAUGGUUUUAACAACUUAAGGGUUAAGCUGUCUUACAGCAGCUGAGCAAGUUGAGUAGCGAGUCAUUUACUCUGGAUUUCCACAUGAAACAGAAGAUCUUCGACCU